AUGGCAACCCCUCAAGUCAUCACCUGCAAAGCUGCAGUGGCAUGGGGAGCUGGGGAACCUCUGGUGAUGGAGGAAGUGGAAGUCAGUCCUCCCCAACCAAUGGAGAUUAGGAUUAAGGUUGUCUCCACCUCUCUCUGCCGCAGUGAUCUCUCUGCUUGGGAAUCUCAUGCUAUAUUUCCUCGCAUAUUUGGCCAUGAAGCAUCAGGGAUUGUAGAGAGCGUGGGACUGGGAGUGACUGAAUUUAAAGAGGGUGACCAUGUACUAACAGUAUUCAUUGGAGAAUGCAUGGCAUGCAGACAGUGCACAUCUGGAAAAAGUAACAUUUGUCAAGUUUUAGGAUUGGAAAGAAGGGGUCUAAUGCAUAGUGAUCAGAAGACACGCUUCUCAUUAAAAGGGAAGCCUGUUUAUCAUUAUUGUGCUGUUUCAAGUUUCAGUGAAUAUACAGUAAUCCAUUCUGGAUGUGCAGUGAAAGUCAGCCCCCAUGCACCUCUUGAGAAAAUUUGCCUUCUGAGCUGUGGGGUAGCUGCAGGUCUGGGUGCAGCAUGGAAUGUUGCUGAUGUGUCAGAAGGAUCAACUGUGGUGAUUUUUGGUCUUGGAACUGUUGGCCUAUCCGUUGCUCAAGCUGCAAAACUAAGAGGUGCAUCUAGAAUAAUUGGUGUUGACAACAAUCCACACAAGUGUGAAAAUGCUAAAGCUUUUGGGGUUACUGAAGUUGUUGACACAAAUUCCUAUAAAGAACCUAUUGCUCAGGUUAUUAAGCACAUUACUGAUGGUGGAGCGGAUUUCUCGUUCGAAUGUGUAGGUGACACUGAUAUGAUAACCACUGCAUUGCAGUCAUGCUGUGAUGGGUGGGGUUUGACUGUAACACUUGGUGUGCCAAAGGCGAAGCCUGAGAUGUCAGCUCAUUAUGGACUACUACUAAUGGGAAGGACAUUGAAAGGAUCUCUAUUUGGAGGAUGGAAACCAAAAUCUGAUCUUCCUUCAUUAGUAGAGAAGUAUGUCAACAAGGAAAUCCAGAUUGAUGACUACAUAACACACAAUUUGCCAUUUGAUGACAUCAACAAAGCUUUCAAUCUCAUGAAGGAAGGAAAGUGUCUGCGUUGUGUUAUUCACAUGCCAAGAUGA